CGAGUGGCUGCUGAAGGAGACGCUUUGAAACUGCGUGUAUCUGAAUUCGCGGCUGCAACAUCUCAGCGGGAUCCUUGGAUUGCUGCGUGGCUGCUGUGUCCACCCCCCCCCCCCGAGUGGUGGACGUCACUGCUUCCGGUGAAAGUCUUCGAACAUGGUGCACAGCCAUCGUGUGACCUCGUGUGGUGGUGAAGAAGGGCUGUUAAGGUGGUUCACCGUUAUUUUAUGCAAAUCUUGGCUUAAGGUUCAGCUGUGGCGCCAUUAUUCGAAACGGUGUCUUUGACGACAGUUAUUCUUUAGGUAGUUUGUGGAUUGGAAUUGCCGCGCGCAACGCACUGGCUAACUUGCGCCGGGUAUACGGAGCUGUUCAGUGAAAACUCGGUGAUACCACAUUAACCAUACCUCUGAAGAAGAAGUGUUUCUAGGAGAAACUUAUCAGCGUUUGUCACCAACGUAUCACGUGUCACGUGUGCUGUCGCCGAAACGAGCGAACCUGCUCUGCAACCGCCGCGAUGUGCUUUGUGGUGUGAGCCAGUGCCUGUGCGUUUAUCAGUAAUCAUCCAAGAUGACGGUAAGUUACCAGUACGAUGUGGCGUCUCAUUCGUCUGGUGGCUUCCUUCGGCUGCUGUGUCGCUGGAAAGGCAGCGUCUGGAAGUUAGUGUACACGGAACUCUUACUCCUCACCGUCCUUUACACCACGUUAUCCAUGCUGUACAGAUAUGCACUCGACGAGGCAAACCGAAAGAUUUUCGAGCUGGUCGUCUACUACUGUAGCCUCUUCAUGGAGAUGAUCCCUCUCUCUUUCCUUCUCGGCUUCUACGUCACUCACAUCGCCAAUCGUUGGUGGGACCAGUACACAGCCAUUCCUUGGCCGGACAGGGUAAUGAACGUUAUCAUGAUGUACGUGCCAGGCAUGGACGACGGAAGUCGGAUGCUUCGCCGUACCCUGAUGCGUUACCUCAAUCUCUCCCUCAUCCUCGUUCUGCGCACCAUUAGCAAAGCGGUCAGGAAACGUUUCCCAACAAAAGAACACCUCAUCGAAGCCGGUUUUAUGACCAAGAUCGAGGUUGACAUGUGGCAGUCAAUCCCAUCGACAGAGUUCAACACAUUCUGGAUUCCCUGCACCUGGUUCAUCAACCUACUUCGGGAAGCUCGCAAUGAGUGCCGCAUCACGGACGCACAAGGUGUCAAGCUCAUUUUAGAGGAAUUCAACGACUUUCGAGCAAAGUGCGGCCUCUUGUGGAGCUACGACUGGAUUAGCAUUCCACUUGUCUACACUCAGGUGGUGACCCUGGCCACGUACGCCUUUUUCGGUGCUGCCCUAUUCGGGACCCAAUACAUCGACAGCAAAGACCCCAUCAUUAAUGCCAAGCAUCACUUCGACUUUUACGUUCCCAUCUUCACCGUCAUCCAGUAUUUCCUCUACAUGGGACUUCUCAAGGUAGCCGAACAACUGAUCAACCCAUUUGGCGACGACGAUGAAGAUUUCGAGCUUAACUGGAUCAUCGACCGUCACAUCAAGGUAUCCUACUUGGGCGUGGAUACACUAAAUGGGGCACCUCCUCCUCUGGUGAAAGAUUCGUACUUCCACAAGAGUGACUACAAGCUGCCUUAUACCGCUGCAUCCGUUGGCUACAAGAAGAAGACAUACAGAGGAUCCGUCGCUUUUAUGCGCGUUCCACAAAAAGAACGUGGCAUGGUGGUGCCAGAUGUCUCCGAGGAGCAGGAAGACGAGGACGAAGAACCCGAGCCUCUGAGUAAGAAGCCAUCACUUUGGACUCUGCGUCCCCGACGUAGUAGUACACCUAGAGGGACAAGCGUAGACGCCGCCAUGGAAGGAGGAAUGUUUCACCAAGGUAGUGACGAUUCUAUGCUGCAUGUCUACUUUCGACAUCCAACGCCUACGGACGAAGACAGUGGCCAGCACGAUACACCACGACAAGAGGCUCACUUUCUUCAAGUGCCGGAGGAAACUGCCGGGGUGUUGCCGGAAACGAAAGAAGACGCGAAUGCUCCACCCGACACCGUGACGUCACACGCAAAAGGAUCGUUCAUCAAGGACUUUUUUACAAGGAAUCCCCCAGUAAGAGUGGUACCAUGGACGGGUGCAGACGGAAACUACGACAGCCCUCCAAAACAAACACGCCGCCCGCAACGCUCCAAAGUUAGUUUUUCUCCGGAAGUUGACGUGAAGGCUCGUAAAAAACGCAAUUCUUUUUCUAAGUUUAAGGACUGUAUCAAGAGCAGAUCCACUUCCGAUCUCACCACUAUAGGCCGGCAUAAGGACGAAGGCGCCGCAAGAGAACCACUCGCGACUUCGUCACCUAAAUUGCUUUCGCGGCUCGGAAAGCGCAAGAUGUCACUAGGGGGCAGAAGCGGUCACGUGCCGGAGCAAAAGUGGACAAAAUGUACCAGUCUUCCUAGCAUGGCGCUGUCACAUGAGAUUGCAGACGCUCCAAGUUUACAGCCAGUAGAGAAACGCAAGCCGUCGAUACCGCCCUCUGAGCAAGUGCCCUUGCCAGGGGUCGUCAUAAAGCAGCAGCCUGAACCACAGCCGCAAAUGCCCAUUCCGACAAAACCUCCUGGUCGACCUCCCCUACCGAUGUUGACGUUUGCUCCUAAAUUAGCGCUGCCUGCUCCUCCACGACCGGAACCUCGUCGGGCCAAGCGUGAUUCUUUAUCUCGAGCAGAAAAAGACCACCCAGAGCCACCAAAGCCUUCCCCUCCAAGUGUAGAGCCGCCGAGACCACCAAUUAUAAAAGAGAAAAGUCCGCCCAAAGUUAUUUUAGAAAUACCCGAACCCACUCCGCCCGUUCUGAAACUAUCUACCCCUGCACAUCAUCUCGAAGCAGAUCAGAAAGAACCUGAGCCUCUAAAAGAACCCAUAGAACCGCCAAAGUGUUCCUCACAAGAACUUGAGCCUGCGAAACCCCCCGAUAUUCUUAAGCCUCCGCCUAAACCCCCUUCGCCACCUCCUGAAGAAGGUCCACCUAGCCGACCUCCGACUUUGAAGCUACCUGAAAUCCAAAUGAGGGACCCGGUGGCUGUGGCGGAGAGUUCAUUAUCUGAUGAAAGCCCGGAUUCCGAAUUCGUGGUCCUCAUCAAGAAAGGAGACCAAGACAAGUCCAAAAAGCUAGUCAUUCUUCCAACAGUAAAAGAAAGAGCGUCUUCCAUGGAAAGUCUCUCAUCGCCUUCAGUUGUCGAGGCCCACAUCACCCUGCCGCUUCAAAGGUCUUCCUCUCUUGAAAGCUUCCAUGCCAGCAAAUCCAACAUCAGCGAUCCUGGACAAGAAAAGUCCAAGGACACGGAAGAAAGCGAUAGCGGCAGCCUCACGGCUCUUGUAGCUGCCGCCCCGGUUCAUCGCAGAGUGCCGUGUGAGGUGCUGAUGCGGUGGCAGAACGUCGGUCUCAAGGAAGGAACGUUGGAAGACAUCGAAAGGGUGCGAACACGAGAAGGAUCGAGUGAACGAAUUCUAGAAGAUGUUCCAGUCAGGAAGCUCUCCUUCGAGUGGAGCAGAGAACAUUCAACUAGGAGACGACGUAGCAGCGAAACGUCCCGUCGAUCAGCCUCUCCACCGGCCCCUCCCAUUCCUCCCGGUAGGGUUAAGCAGCUGUCCCAAGAAUUUUCUUUGAGACUUCGUGCUACAGAGACAUCAGAACAUUCUGUUCGCGCUCGGUCCCCGGAGCCGGUUCGAUCCCGGGAGCCGCGAAGCCGUGCGGCGUCAACAGCGGAAGUGUCUUCCAUUUCAAGAAGGCGGGAAAGACCUUUUAGCCCUCCGAGUGCGAAGAGGUGACCUCACAGCUGUCAGUAUAUCAGUGCGUGCACUGCCACCCCCCGUUGAAUCUAAUCGGUAACGUAACACGUCUGCCGCGCCUGAAUGGAGAUUACCAAAGCGCAACCAGCUGUUCUGGUUAACUUUUGCAUACAGAGGGCGACAUCGCCUGUGUUCCUCUUCAGAUCAGCGCCGAAGAAAGGUUCUAACAGUGCUAAAUACUUCGGGCACAAGCGGCAUACGGGCGUCCACUCUACUCUGGACGCACAGUUUAUUUUUCUUUUCUGUUCUUUUUUUUUUUUUUCAUAAUAUCAUAUCUUGCGGAUUGGUUGUUGUUCAUUGAUUGAAGGGAGUGUUGUGUCACGGAACUUCUCCAUAACUGCUUACCCACGCUUAUCCUUCCUUUUUCUUUCAAACAAAGAGCCCAACAGGCAGUGAAUACUCGUGGAAACACGUGAUAUGUUCAUCUCCAAAAAAAUUGUCUGUCCCCCGGAAGGUAAAGCUGCAGAAUAACACACAGUGCAAAAAUUUCAGCUGCGAAUUAGAUUCUGCGCUCUUCCAUUUACACACGUAUUGUUGCGCACCGUUGAGUCAGGAAGGCACUAGCUUCUAUUAUUAAAAACUUCGAUGGCUAUGGCCUGUCGACUAUGGACUAGCCGUAGACUGGCUAUGGUCUCCAUAUAGAGAAUCCCACGACUAUAGCUGACGUGCUUUCCUACCUUCACUUCCCGAUGUUCUCAAACAAUUAUCUUCAAUACAUUUGUGAUAGAUGCAGGAAGGCUCGGUGCAUCAUGCCGACCACAUAUCUCAUAUCUUCUCAGGAAACAAACACACAUUCUGUAUAUCAUGGACACUGAAAGGGACAGAGAACCAUUAUGCUCGUUUCUUUUCUUUUUUUUUUCUUUUUUCUUUACUUCGUAGUGGAACCUUUCCCAACACUUAAAGGUUUUACAUUCCAUCGCCACACUGUGUGACUUCCUUACCUUGGUGAUUUUUUUUACAUCGGUUUCCAAUAAACUAGCUGAGUAUGCA